GGAGUCGUAAAAUACCGGGAGGCGACACGAGAUGCACAACCGCGUCGGAUGAUUGCCUCAGCUCGGGCACGAGUGCUGAGACCUCACGCGCUGCAUGGCGAGGGACUUCCCAUGAGGUCAAAGCGGCGCAGGUCAUGCAAAAGGACGCGUUCGCUGUUUGGUCCAAAAAAUUUGAAAACUCAAUAAAAUUAUCCUGCACACAACGAAUCCAGUGUCAGCAGUUCGUUUUGUUUUUCUAAGUAAUAAUACUUUGUGCCUUGGCCUUCGAAGUAAAGGAUGAUGGAGCUUGACAGAGAUGACUGCCAAAGUGAUGAGUCCACCGUGGAAGAUGUAGAUGACGCCACGUAUUCACUUGGUGACCUGAGUUGUGGGGAUGUUCAGCUGUGGGCUACAGAUCGAUGUAAGAGUGGUAGUGCCAUCAUGGUGUACAGGCCUAUGGAAGGUGCAGUGAUCCAUGGAAUUUGCAAACUGCUGACAAUGAGACAGGCGAGUGUUACUGAGGCGACGGAGUCAUUCCUGCAUGUUAUUAUGACACGGUUACACAAGGCAUCAGGUACUGCAAAUCUGCUACGCCAGGAAGUGUGCCAGCUGAAGGCAUGCAAGGGUGCUGAUAUUUCGCAAGCAUGGCAACAAAUGCUGUCCGUCAUCGCAACAGCUAUUCCCGAAGUGAAAAUCAAUUGUGAAGAUUUGGAAGUUACAUCUGCAGUGCUAGCGAAUCUGAUAAGCUACCUGCAUGCCACGGCUGCCGCUGCUAUCAGGAAAGCGUCAAUAGCACCAUCCAAAGCUGCUGAAGCCAUCCCCGAACCGGUGAUUGACAAUUUGUCUCACCUUGCUGAAAAGUACCAUGGUGGUUGGUGCUUGGUGGCCGUGCGGCGUGAGCUGGAAGGAGCAAGGUGUCGCAACGACAACUUGCUGCAGCUUAUACCUUUAUUUGGCAAGGAUGCCGUGACAAGCCUUCAGCCUUGUUUGGAGAAUUCAGGUGGCCCGGCGUGGCUCGGAAGCUCUGUAUAAGACACCAUACGUCACAGAUAAAAACAACUGAACCAGUGAUA